GUUGAAAUGCUCUACCAAAGAUAUUUUCUUAAGAUGAACCAAAGCAACAUGACCAAUCUGAUUACUCUUCUCCUUAUGAUUUGUGUUGUAAUGCUGGUAAUCUCCCUAACAGACUUUGCCAUGCCCCGUCAAUUAGCUACAAAUGAAACAGAAGUACAAGCGAUACAGUAUGAUAAACUCUUAGUACUUGUUUGUACAUCAGCGUGUUGUAUAGCCAUAUACGGAAUUUUACUCAACGUGGUAUCUCGACCAGCCAUGAAUGAAGUUUACCUGAUCAUAAUUUCCUAUUUUAUACUAGUUACUUUCGUUACUCUUGAGAUUUGCAUUUCAUAUUACUUCGAUGAUAGAAGACCACUUUUAGGGUCAUCGUUUGCUCUCGCUACGACAUAUUUGACUUAUGCACUAAUGCCCAAUAGACUUAAAGAUGCCUUGUUAUCUGGAGUUAUUCUAGCCGUAGCAGAUCUACUCUUGUUAGUGUAUGUUGGGACCAUGUCUGGAAUACAAGACAUUACAAGCUGUUUCAUUAUUCUUCUAUGUGGAAAUAUCGCUGGAGUCUGUACUCAUUAUCCCAGGGAAGUUGCUCAGAGAAAAGCUUUUUUAGAAACACGUCAAUGUAUUGAAGCUAGACUAAAAAUUCAAAGAGAAAACCAACAACAGGAACGUUUACUGCUUUCAGUUUUGCCACGUCACGUUGCAAUGGAAAUGAAAGCUGAUAUCGCCGGACAACCAAAACAGGAACAGUUUCAUAAAAUUUACAUACAAAAGCACGAAAAUGUCAGCAUUUUAUUUGCCGACAUAUGCGGGUUCACGACUUUGUCCGAUCAGUGUACAGCAGAGGAACUCGUACGAAUUCUCAACGAGCUAUUUGCACGUUUUGAUCGACUAGCUGCUGAACAUCAUUGUUUAAGGAUAAAACUUCUUGGCGACUGUUACUAUUGUGUUUCUGGAUUGCCUGAGGCCAGACCAGAUCAUGCACACUGCACUGUAGAAAUGGGACUUGAUAUGAUCGAUGCCAUAGCCCUAGUUAGAGGAGUCAUGAACGUGAAUGUGAAUAUGAGAGUUGGAAUUCAUACAGGAAGAGUGCAUUGUGGAGUCCUGGGUUUGCGAAAAUGGCAGUUUGAUGUUUGGUCUAAUGAUGUGACAUUGGCAAAUUACAUGGAAAGCGGAGGAAUUCCUGGAAGGGUCCAUAUAACCAAAGAAACAUUAAGCUGUCUGGGAAAUGACUAUGUCGUGGAGCCCGGAAAUGGAGGCGAGAGAAAUUCAUAUUUAAAGGACCACAACAUUGACACUUACCUGAUUGUUGCGCCAUCUUACAGGGGGGACACGUCCAUCCCUUAUCAAAAUCACCCAAUGAAUGGCAACAUCGCAAAAGAAAUGAGGAUAAUGGGACACGGAUCACAACACGGACAUUCAUCGAAGCUCGGAUUUGGUGAAUCAGUUGAAAGAGAAAAAAAUCCUGAGGAUGAAGUUAAUGAGUACCUGAUGAAAGCUAUUGAUGCCAGAAGUAUUGAUAGAUUAAGGACAGAACACUGUCGCACUUUAUUACUUAAUUUUAGAGAUCCUGUAAAAGAGUCAAAGUACCUACUCGAAAAAGACAGAAUGCUCACUAUGUAUUUUUAUUGUUCAACGUUCUGUUUCAUUACAAUAUUACUAGUGCAAUUAGUCAUAUUUAAUAGGCACGAUACUGCGUUGUUCUAUUCAAUUCCUAUAAUAUUUCUACUAGUAUUGAUUCCCUUGUUAGUGUACAUGGACAACAUUAAAAAACGGAGAGGAUUCUCUACAUUAUUCUUUGUAUCAAGGACAAUCCACAAAAAUAGAAAUGUUGCUCAAAUUUUUUGUUUCGUAAUGGCUGCCUGUAUAUAUGGUUUGGUUAUGUUCCAAGCGUUUUCCCUUUCAAUCGAAGUCCAAUGUUUGAAUUCAACAUUUGAAGGUCCUAAUUGUACAAAUGAGAAUAAGGGCUGUAGACAAUAUUAUCUUAUAGAUUAUUUAAUGCUCCUAGUUAUGGUUUCCAUGAUAGCGUGUGCAGUAUAUCAAAUUUUAAUUUCACUUUUAAAGACAAUCAUCUUGUUAGGAGGAAUGGCAGGAUUUCUAGCGGCUUAUUUUAUAUAUAUUAAAAACGUAAAUUCCAUUAUUUGCAUCUACAGGAUUAGCGAACAUACCUUUACUCAUCAGUAUAUGAACAUAAUAGUACUAGGUGGAUUUGUUAUUGCUCUGAUUAUUCACGGUCAACAAACAGAAGCUACAUAUAGGCUAGAUUUUGUUUGGAAGCUUCAAGCUACAGAGGAAAAGGAAGAUAUGGAGCACCUGGAGGCCUAUAACAGAAAGCUAUUGGCGAAUAUACUGCCUGUUCAUGUAGCAGAACAUUUUCUAAACAGUGACAAAAAUAAUGAUGAACUCUAUCACGAACAAUGUGACUUCGUGUGCAUAAUGUUCGCAACGAUUCCAAAUUUUUCGGAGUUUUACGUUGAACUUGAGAGCAACAACGAGGGAGUUGAAUGUUUACGUCUUCUUAAUGAAAUUAUAGCUGAUUUUGAUGAAUUACUGUCAGAAGAACAAUUCAAGUACAUCGAAAAAAUUAAAUCUACAGGGUCUACUUAUAUGGCAGCUUCAGGUUUAACUCAAAACACUUGUGAUAUGCACGACUUCAAACAUGUUACCGCAAUGGCUGACUAUGCCCUUCGAUUAAAGGAACUACUUGAGGAGGUAAACGAACAUUCCUUCAACCACUUUAGAAUCAGAAUCGGUAUUAACGUCGGACCAGUGGUCGCUGGAGUAAUAGGCGCUCGCAAACCGCAGUAUGAUAUUUGGGGAAAUGCUGUCAAUGUGGCCAGUAGGAUGGAUAGUACAGGAAUUCAAGAUAAAAUCCAGAUCACAAAAGAAGUAAACCAGAUUCUACAUGCCAAAGGUUAUCCAACCAAAUGUCGAGGUACAAUCAAUGUAAAAGGUAAAGGAUCAAUGGAAACUUUCUUUCUCGAAGGCCCUGUCAAAAAUCGACCUAAUAUAACUUUAAAUCCUUUAGCUUCUAGUUUCGAGGAUAAAUCAGAAGAACCAAUGAGGACUACUUUAGGAACUAUUUCUGAAAAAAACUAA